AUGCUAGAUGACUACUCCUCACGAAAGGCUCUCCUUGACUGGUUCGACGGUGUCAGUACCAAACGCUCCAUGCCUUGGCGAAAAGCAUGGAUUAAUCCAAAGGAUCACCAACCAGAUGACCUGCGCAAUCUUCUAGAGAGGCGGGCGUACGAGGUCUGGAUCAGCGAGAUUAUGCUACAGCAGACGCGAGUCGCCGUGGUCAUCGACUAUUGGAACAAGUGGAUGACCAAAUGGCCAUCCAUCCACGACUUGGCCGCUGCGAGUGCUGAUGACGUCCUCAGUGCCUGGCGUGGAUUGGGUUACUACAGCAGGGCAACUAGGAUCCACGAGGCCUCAAAGUUAGUAGUGAAGGACCCUGCGAUGAAGGGGCUUUUGCCGUCCUGCACUCAAGAUCUCGAGGCCAAGGUCCCCGGUGUUGGGAGAUACACUGCAGGGGCCAUCUCAGCCAUUGUCUUUGGACAAGCUGCGCCUAUGGUUGACGGCAAUGUCCUACGUGUCCUGAGCAGACAACUAGGGCUAUUAGGCAACGUCAAAACAACCAAGGUCGUUAUUGACGCAUUAUGGGCUGCUGCGGAUGCUCUCGUGAGGGCUGUCGCGAGAGAUGAGACAGACACCCCGGAUGGUGAGGAAGUCGAGACAAGCGAUAGACCUGGAAGAUGGGGCCAGGCCCUCAUGGAACUUGGAAGCACUGUUUGUGUACCAAAGCCAAAUUGUGCUGAAUGCCCCAUCACAUCGACUUGUCGAGCCUAUGCAGAAGGAAGAACGUUGGUCUCUCAGGACAGCCGAGACACCAAGCUCAACGACAUCGAGGACGCCUGUCAUCUCUGCGAGCCUUUUGAGGAUGCUGAGGAAGACGCUGCUCAAGAUGUCAAAAGUGCCAAAAAGACCAAGGCAAAUGGAUCUCAAGGCAAGCAACUGACAUUAGCGUCGUUCGCCUUCAAGGGACCAGCUAUCGAGAAAUCUUCCUCGAACAAGGUCAAGUCGACUCUCAGUGCCCGCGACAUGGAGACCAUCGUGGAUCACGCCCGGAAAUUCCCUCUCAAGGUGAUCAAAAAGGCUGUGAGGGAAGAGGAAACACUUGUCUGUGUCAUCCGCCACAGCGACGGGCAGUAUUUGGUCCAAAAGCGCCCUGAAAAAGGACUCCUCGCUGGAUUAUGGGAAUUUCCCAGUUACAUCCUGCAAGACUCAAAUGAGGGAAACACAUCUGCCAAACGAAAGUCGAAGGCACUCGCGUACCUCUCCAAAAUAGGUGGCGAGCAUGGCUACAAGACGUCAAAGGCCAAGCAUGUUGUCAGACCCAAGAGAAAUGUCGAUUGUAUCGACGGCUACAAGACAAUGACAAGCUGGUUUGCUAGCGGCCGCCCGGCUCUAUUUGAUGCCAUCUCCAGUGCGUGCGAUCUCGUCGAUCAACAGAUCGCUGCAGACCUUGAGCUGGUGAAACGGGAGCUUGAUGAAGCUCUCCAGCAGAGAGAUGAUCACGCGGCGCAGGUUUCUGACUUGACGACUGAAAAUGCUCGUUUGAAAGAGAAAUUGCAGAAGGCAACAACCAAGGCAACGGGAGACGCGAAAACCCCCGAAGCAGCACCAUCACCACAGCCAGCACCUUCCAGAAGCAGCUCAUCUAGCAGUGAACCGGACUGGAAGGCGGAGUGCGCCAGGGUCAGUCUCAAGUUUAACGCGCUCUCAGAAAACUUCAAAAAAGCCAAGGACGCGCUUCGGAAAAGAAAGGAGGAACGUGACAGAUGGGUUGCCCACGCCACAUUACUGGAGAAGAAGAUCAAGGCAGCCGAGGAAGAGCAUGGAAUCAGCAUUACGGAUCGUCAAAACAGGGGCAGCCGGGCGACAACACUUCCAGCAGCCAGGACAGAAGACGCCAACCCAAGCCCAAACACCAGCUUCACAUCCGAGGCUGGGCUCGAGCAAGCAGACCUGGAAUUACCUCCCUUGGCCGCAGCAUCACUAGGACCCGAGAAUCCUCCUCCUCUGGCCGAUACUACUGCUGCUAACCCCAGCUCGGAUGCGACGGCGAGCGAGGUCGAAUCUGGCCAAGGAGAUGAACUGCCCGAAUUACCGGCCCAAGAGGAUGUUGAGCACACGCAAAUUAAGGAGGAGCCAUCAUCCGACACGCCUGUUGUGGUUUCCGAGAGAGCUGUGAAGAAGAGGAAACGGAACGAUGGGGACCCCAACGAAUCACCUCUACAAAAGGUCAAGCUGGAACCGAUCGACGACAGCUCGAGUCCUAUUCAACCAGUCGGUCCAGCUACGCUUGUUCCACAAGAGAGCAUAGAUCUUGGAGACGUUGCACAAAAGUUGUUAACCCCGAGGAAACGCAGGGAGAUGGAAGAGUCACAACGCCGGGACCAGAUACAGAGCGAAGCCUUUGCGACUGCAACACCCAGGACCCUAUUUGUCAGGCCGGAUCCUGAACCACAAACAGCUCGGCCCUUGGAACGAAAAUCAGCCCUUACACCACUCAGUGUCAACCGACGGAGUGUGCGAUCAGGCGGUGAUAAGCCAACCACACCCCUUAGAAAGGGACUGGAUCGUGGCAUAUCAAACGUAGCCGAAGAUGGCGAAGCAUACAGGAAAACUGGAAAUAGUACGAAUCAAGCGCCUAAGGGACGACUGGAUACGCUAUUAAACAGUCCUGCUGCUCAGGAAAACGAAACCGUAGCCCGUCCGACACCUCGAGCACCAGCAAGGCUAAGCACUCUUUCAGAAGGCCUGGCAAUUCCAGGUCGACGGGUACUCCCUUUUGAUCGAGAAGGACGCGUCAAAGACAGGACUCCUGUUCGCCCGACGGGUGCAUCUGAUCGCGCCAGCGCUCUCAGUGCAAAGGUUACACCGCAAGACACGCGAUCUCCGUUGGCCUCUAAGAGAGGCACGACGUCUGCGUUGCGAAAUAAACCAGUGGCGGAGCUGCGGCCCGACGAUUUCAAGAUCAACCCACAAGCCAAUGACGGUCAUGACUUUGCGUUCUCUGACGUGAUUCGUGACAGGGAUGAAAGGGCUCGCAUGCAAGGCUGUACAGACAUGCAUUGCUGCGGGAAGCACUUUCGAUCUCUUGCCAUCUCGCAACGCCCAGAUCCGCCUCUUACGGCAGCUCAGCGACAAGAAGAGCAGAAGUUGCUGGAGGAGUACUUGGGCAACUUUGCGUAUCGACUAGGGACGAUGGACAAGAAGGAGAGAGAUGAGCUCUGGAUUGAGGCCAAGACUCAGGAACUCGCAAACAAGUACGGAAAACAUCGAUACCAUUACUCGAGGAUGCGGAGUCCUCCAGGAUUUUGGAAUGCAGAUUUCCCCAGCACCCAAGAGAUGGAGGCUGAGAGAGAGGAGGCUGCCAAACGAGAGAAGCAGACUGUUCAAGACAGGUACAGGGAAGCUAUGCGACCUGGCGGUAGGUGGCUGUUCAGAGAUGAGUAG